AUGCCGCUGCUUCCUACGGUGACAUUGACGUGCCGCCUGGCGCCGUUGAAGCCCACGUGCCGCAUGGCGCCGCGCCUCACCGGUCGUCACCGGAUCAGGCUGGAUAAGGAAUACACGUCCCAGUUACCCCUGAUGGGGAGCAGAUCCUCCGCAAAGCCCGGCGCGCAAUGCGCUUUGCCUCUGUAUGAAAGGGCGGACAGUAACCGGGUAGGUGAUCCCAGCUCCUUGGAGCAGACGCGCCAGCGCCUGGAGAAGAUCUUACGAGAGGAGGUGGCCUUGCUGGGUGGCCGCAGUGAGCUCGUUUUCCUGGGAGGAUUGUCGCAAGGCUGCACUGCAGCCUUGGACAUCUACCUCCAACUCGCUUCCAAGCUGCGUUUGGGUGGAUUCGUUGGAAGUGUGGGUUUCCUUCCCCGCGACGCCAUGGGCUUCGGCAACGACGAACGCAUCGAAGCUUUGUUGCAGGAUGAGGCGCCGGGCGAGUGCAACGUGAGCGACCGGUCUGGCUCCAAUGCGCCGAGGAAUCUGCGGAAACCAUGGCCCAUUGAGGCAUGGAGCAAUGGAAAGAGAAAGUUCAAAGCUCAAGAUCCAGUUUAUCGCGGAUUGGACGUGCGCCAGCAGAUGGCUCAUCACAGCAAGAAGGAGCGCUGCCGAGCGCCCAAAGGAGACAAGGAUGCCAACGACAUUCCGCCCAUCUUUGGCUCCAUGUUUGGUGGCGGGAAAGACAUCUUGGCCACCAGCGCUCCCUCCACGGGCGCUGCGGGUCCCGCGCAUGCCCCAAAGUCGAAGAAAGCGCGUCGCAGGGAGAGAGCCAAGGAGGCCGAAGCCAACCUUGACCGCCCGGCGAAACGGCAGAACUUGGGCGGCGCCUUCGACAUUUCACAGGCGGCGCUGCCUAAGGAGGUCAGUGCGGAUGCCACGCCACUACCGAAGCAGCGACCCCUGGAGACGGUGGCGGAGUAUUCGCGGCGCCUGCAGCAGGCGGUGAAGAGCAAACUGCAGGUGGUGCAGAAGAAAGCCAACACCGACCACCAAAAGGAGAGACAAAAGGAACGUGCCCGGGCGCUGAAGGACAAGCGCCGCGCCAAGGCCUCGAAGGUCUCCACACCGGCCGCGCCUUCGACGGCGCCGAAGUUCGGGGAGGUGGUGCAACGGCCGCCCAGCUUCAGCAAGGACGACGUGGCAAAACCGGCCAAGCGCAGCAUCGACUUGGGUCCCUUCGCGCGGCGGGUCCGCCAACGGAGGGCGCUGCAGUGGGAGGACACCUUGAAGUCCCUGUCCAAGGGGCAGGCUGUGAAGAGCAGCGCUGCGAACCUGUCAGACUAUGCGAGUCAAGUUCGCAACGCCUAUGAAGAAAUGAAGAAGAAACGUCGCGAAAAGGCUGAGGCAGCGCAAUUGGCCGGCAAGAAGUCCUUCGCUGAUGUCAUGGACCGCUGGCCCGGACUUCAGCUGCGCACUGUGCGAGGCCGGGUCCCGGUCCCGGCCGCCAAAGUAAGGACAGCGGCGCUGAUACGCUUUGGCAGCAAUGCUCGCGUCAACUUCUUUGCGCUCUUGCAGACCAAUGGGAAGGUGAUUUACUUCAUGAGUUCAUGCAAAAAUAUGCCAAAGACGCAUAUCACGUGCAACCCGGAGAAGAAAAACUAUGCCAAUGACGCAGUCAGAGUCCAGAAACGUGGAUCAACUGGGAGGUUUGAGGUGACGUUGCCCCAGGAUAGCCCAGUGUCCGCUUUGGCACAGGAAGCAGCGCGGCUCACUGCGGUGGAACCAGGGAGGCAGCGCCUCAUUUGUCGUGGAAAGGUGUUGAGCGAUGCCACUUUGAAACUUGAGACCUUGCUUUCCAAGGCAGGUGGGGAGCUUCAAGUGAUGCUGCUGCCCAUGGAAUCUACGUCCAACCAGGCCAAAAGAAAUUGGUUGCACUACCAGCGGCUCAUCCACUCUUGGUUGCUCAGCAUUUGGGCGCUGAUCUACAGUUUCUUCCAUUCCUUACUGGUACCCAAAGCCUAUGCCAAAGGGAAACACCAGGAGCACCACAGUGACGGCAUUGAUCCCUCGGACCUCGCACGCCUUGCAGCGUGCGGGGCAGGUGGCUGA